ACGAUCUUCACUCCACUUCUCCCAGCACACUUAUCAGGGAUCAGAAGAAGCCAGAGAUUUCUCUGCGGCCCUGCUAACUUUCUUGCAUUUGCUGCACGAAAAGCUGCAAAAAUUCUGUGCUGCAAGGAAACGAGAGUGAUGUCAACAGAGGAUGAUACUGGUGGGGAGGCAUCCAGUGGCAGUUUUUGGGAGCCUGGCAACUACAAGCGAACAGUGAAACGGGUGGAUGAUGGAAGCCGGCUGUGUAAUGACCUUGUCUCCUGCUUCCAGGAGAGAGCAAAAAUUGAAAAGAACUAUGCACAGCAACUAACAGACUGGUCUCGCAAGUGGAGGACUGCUGUGGAGAAGGGCCCUCAAUAUGGCACUCUGGAAAAAGCCUGGCAUUCAUUCCUGACUGCUGCAGAUAAACUUAGUGAGAUCCACCUAGAGGUACGAAACCGCCUGGCAAGUGAAGACACAGAUAAAAUUAAGGCCUGGCAGAAGGAAGCCUACCACAAGCAGAUGAUUGGCGGGUUCAAAGAGACAAAAGAAGUAGAAGAUGCAUUUCGCAAGGCCCAGAAGCCUUGGGUGAAGAAGCUGAAGGACGUGGAAACAGCGAGAAAGAAUUACCAUGCUGCUCGUAAAGAAGAGAAGACUGCACAGACAAGAGAGAACCAUGCCAAAGCAGAUUCUUCUGUUUCACAAGAGCAGAUGCGUAAACUUCAAGACCGUGUGGAAAGAUGUGCACAAGAAGCAGAGAAGUGCAAGGAGCAUUAUGAGAAGAUGCUGGAAGAACUGAACCGCUAUAACCCUCGGUACAUGGAGGAUAUGGAGCAGAUCUUUGAAGGGUGUCAGGAAGCUGAGUGCAAACGCCUGUGCUUCUUUAAAGAGAUGUUCUUGGAUUUGCACAACCAUCUCAACCUAUCUACCAAUGACAGCUUCCAUGCACUUUACCGGGAUUUGCAUCAGGGAAUAGUGGCUGCAGAUGACCAAGAGGAUCUGAAGUGGUGGCGCAAUACCCAUGGGCCUGGCAUGGCUAUGAAUUGGCCUCAAUUUGAGGAAUGGUCUUUGGAGACACAGCGAGCAAUCAGCAAGAAGGAGAAAAGUGGCAAAGGUGAUGAAGAUGUUACCUUGACCAGCAUUGUGCCAGCUGGAGAUGGUAUGAAACAGACCCCUCCACCAACAAAGCAAAGGUUUACAUACCAAGAGGAACAAAACAGCCACUUCUAUGACACCUUGAAGGCCUCAGCCUGUAUGAAUGGAGGGAAGGAAGAAAUCUCAGAGUGGUCAGAUGAAGACACUCCCAAGAAGGGCCUGGAGGUCAAUGGGCAUGAGGAUAUAAAGGUACCAGGCGUGCGGGUGCGAGCACUGUAUGAUUACACAGGACAAGAGGCUGAUGAGCUGAGCUUUAAAGCAGGAGAAGAGCUCAUGAAGAUCAGUGAAGAGGAUGAACAGGGUUGGUGCAAAGGCCGGCUCCAGAAUGGUCAGGUUGGACUAUAUCCUGCUAACUAUGUGGAGAAAGUCAUUUCAUGAUUACUUUCCCCAUUGCCACUACCUUAUGAUGUGCAGCCUGAGUGUAACUUCUUCAGAGGUCACAAAAAUCUGUGGCCUCCAACUUGCAUCAAAAAUCGUGUGCAACCAAUCUGGACCUUUUUGAGGACAUUCUCUUCUUGUAACCAGUACAUAAUUUUAAACAUCUAGAAAUAUGGUGAUCUUUUUUUCUAAUAAAGAUACACAAACUUUU